GCGAGGCCGAGGGAGCGGAGCGGCGGCGGCCCGGGCCGGCCGGGGGUCGCACCAUGGUGGCCAAGCAGCGCAUCCGCAUGGCCAACGAGAAGCACAGCAAGAACAUCACGCAGCGAGGGAACGUCGCCAAGACCUCGAGGACGGCCCCGGAGGAGAAGGCGUCGGUCGGGCCCUGGCUGCUGGCGUUGUUCAUCUUCGUGGUUUGCGGAUCAGCCAUCUUCCAGAUCAUCCAGAGCAUCCGGAUGGGCAUGUGAAGGGGCGCCGAGCCCCGCCCGCGCCCCCCGGCGCUGCCAUGGACUGUGCCCCCCCCGGCCCGUGGCGGCGGCUGCUGGGGGGCAGCGCCCGGCAUUCCAGGUCCCUUCGCCAGUCAUUCCGAGUUUCCUAGCCCCUGCCACAGUGCCUUGAACAGCACCACAUGUACAAAGCAAUAAAAUUAUAUUGUUGAUCUACAAUCGUGGACCUGCUUAUUGGGCGAGGCACGCAGCCCUGCUGGCCCUGACACGCCGAGCUGCGCGCGGCCUGGACACUGGGCGCCGGCAGCAGCGGCGAGCACCGGCCUCCAGAGUAGUCAUGGUCUCUGUAGCUGGAAGUGGUUCUGCUCGAAGGUGGGAGCCAGGAUUGCCAGAGCACGAGCUUGAAGCAUGUCUGUGACGCCGUGGCCAGCUGCGCAGCGCUCCGCAGCUGACCCCUCUGCCUCGCCCUCUCUGUACGCAUAGAGUAGUCUCACUGCAGCAUGCGGCAGUGCCCUAGCGCUCGCAUGCUUAUCAUGACGCAAAGCUUUACCCUAUGCCUCCUGUCCUAAUAAACGCGAAAUGCUUGUUUGUA